AUGACAGAAUCGAUUGCCCCACCUGAUACAGGCGUUUUUACAGAUCAAGAACGACCGAAACGAAUUUUUAAGAUUAUUGUUAUCGGUGAUUCGCAUGAAAGACAUUUUCCGGAAAAAAGUGAAGCGACUAUUGGUGUAGAUUUUCGUGAAAAAACACUCGACAUUGAUGGUGAAAUAUUCAAACUUCAAAUUUGGGAUACAGCUGGACAAGAACGUUUUCGUCGUUCGAUGAUCAAUCAUUACUAUAGAAACGUUCACGCAAUUGUUUAUGUCUAUGAUGUAACCAAUCUAGCUUCGUUCGAAAAUCUUCCUGGAUGGAUCAAUGAAUGUGAUAAACAUGUUCUCGAUCAAGAUCUACCACGUGUUCUUGUUGGCAAUAAAUGUGACGUGUCCAAUGAUCAAAUUGUUGUUCCAAAUUCUGUAGCACAACGAUUUGCUGACGCACACAAUAUCCCAUUAUUUGAGACGUCAGCGAAAGCCGAUGAACAUCAAGAUCAUGUCAAUUCAAUAUUCAUGUUACUUGCACAUAAACUCAAACAUUCAAAACCACUGAUGUCUCAACCGAAACUCUACGCACACCGUGAUAUUUCAGUAUCAUCACCGACAACAGCAAAUGAACCUGGCUAUUGCUCAUGCUAA